UGCAACGAUUGCAGCUGCUGCUUCUAUUUAUGGGCUGCUUGCAAUGUGGCAGCGCCAACAUGACGUAUACGCAAUUUAAUUUAACUCUCUAUAAGCAAAUGCCUGCCAUGUAUCAACUGGAUGACUACGAUCUGUGUCUACAGCAUUCACCGCCCACACACAGACUACUCUACCAUCCCACUUAUUGCCUGGUCUAUGCGGAAAUCGUGCCCAAUGCCAGCUCAACGCUUUGGCAGCAAAUCGAGCGCACAUCACAGGAUGAUAAACAUAAUUUUCGACACGAUCUUUUAUUCAUGGGCGUUUGCUUGGAAAGCUGCAAGAGUUCGAUUAGCACGCUGGCUAAAUAUCAAAAGCAGCAGCUGUACGAGGGCAAAGUUUCGGAUACUGAGCUUAGCGAUUAUUAUGCCAAAGUGCAUACGCGUGCAUCAGAUGAACGCAUGCGCUAUGAUCAUGUCAUCAAUAGUUGCUUGAAUCGGAAAUUUGAAAAGAAAUAUCAACUGCGACUUCGCAGCAAUCUCGAGUAUUGCAUACGAGCUGAUGAGAAAUUGGAGCAUGAUGCUGUGGAUCAAACAGUCUAUAUAUUACUAGCCCUGCUGCUGCUGCUUACUAUAAGCUCAAGUUCCUACGAUUAUAGGCUCAAGAGACAGCAAGUGCAGCCCGCUAACAAUCAAGGAAAUGAAUUCUAUCAGCAGACACUAGAAUCACUUCCUCAAAGGUUCUUUUGUGCCUUUUCCAUUUGCCGCAACUAUUAUCGCCUCGUCCUGCCCACAAGCAGUCAGUAUGCAAAGGAUCUGCGUUUCUUCGAUGCCUUUCGUGUUGUUUGCGUUUUUAUUGUCAUUCUGGGACACACCUUGAUGGUCUUUAUGACUGUGCAGCUUCAAAAUCCCGAGUUCUUUGAACAAUUUCUCUAUAAAUUUGAGACGUCUAUAUUUCAAAAUGGCAAUGUAGCUAUACAAAUCUUUUUUGUCAUGAGCGCCUUUCUCCUCUAUGUGAACUUUAUUGAACGCCAAUGGGUUGAUAAGAGCACAAGCAUUUGCCGCUGCAUAGGCGUUUAUUUUCGAGUAUUCUUUACAAGAUAUUUUAGGCUGCUGCCCUCAUUGGUAUUGCUAAUUUUAUUUAACGGUACGUUGCUCACUCGCUUGGGCGACGGACCCUUCUGGCGACAUUUAACCGAGGCGGAGCGUGUUUUUUGUCGCUCCAUGUGGUGGAAGAACGUAUUCUUUAUCAACAAUUAUAUGCUGGAAGACAGUUGUGCUCAACAAACUUGGUAUAUGGCAGCGGAUAUGCAGCUCUUUGAACUCUUUUUAAUCAUUAUUAUUGUAAUUAAAAAAUAUCCAGUGCUAACCAAACUAAUAUACAGCAUUUUAUUGCUGUUCAGCUUCUUGGUGCCUGUUUGCUUAACUUAUUUUCUAAAACUAGAUGCAGUCUAUCACAUAAAACCAGAAACGUAUCGCUAUUUGUACUUUCGGAAUGCGGAAACCUUUUAUCAGAUAUAUCCACCAUUUUAUACAAAUUUGAGCGGUUACUUAGUGGGAUUUCUUUGUGGUCACUUCUAUCUCAAAAUGCGCAGUUCCAUUAGUGCCACGGCCUUCAAAGGCAAUUGGAAAUUUGAAUUGUUUCUAUGGCUUUUAAUUCCAGCUUCCAUGUUGGUGCUCUUCUCUGGCUUUAUAUUCAUCAAACAUGAUUUUUCGCGUCCUUCGAUUUGGUUGGCGCUCUAUGCUGGAGUUUAUAAAAAUCUGUGGAUUUUAAUUUGCGCCGGAUUUGUUUGCUGCAUGUGCUUCAAAGUGGGCUGGAUUGCCUAUGAAUUUUGUUCGCUCUCCAUUUUCCGACCCUUGGCACGCAUAUCCUUUCAAGCUUUUCUUUGGCAUGUGUUUGUGCUGCGCCUGGUGGCUGGUUACUUUCGGGAGCCAAUUUAUGUCAACAGUUUUUUCUUGUUUUGCAACGUGCUGCUGGUCUUUGUUCUCACACAAAUUAUGGCAUUUUUUAUGGCGCUUCUUUUUGAAUAUCCCAUAGCGGAAGUCUUACGACUGUUAACAAUGCAGCAUAAACUAAAAAGUAAAGAUGAAACAAGCAAUUUAAGUGGACUGCAAAUGAACAUCGAGGACGAGCUACAAAAGUCUGUCAACGUAUGAGGCGAUGCAAUUGAAGUGUUAAUCAAACUAAAAUAGUGAUAGUGAUUUAUAAAAAGUAGAAUUUGAAUUAAUAAACCACCGUAUCAG